AUGCCCUUACUUCGAGCUAGUCUGGAAAAUAUGCCUAAUGGGGUCGAAUUUUAUUGCAGAGCGGAAAGACAAAGUUUAGCGAGCAAGUUUCAAAGAAAUAAGAUAGGAAAGAAACCAGAUAUUAUGGCAUUAAUGAAGUAUAAAGAAAAAAUCAAUGAGCUUAUAUAUGUAGAAUCCUCACGUAUCAUUUGCGAUGAUACCAAAAAGACCGAGGAUGAAGUAAAGCUAUGGCGAGAAACGCUGGAUGGUAUGGAUUAUGUUAAUGUGGCAUGUAGGCCAGUCAGAAAUCAAUUUGGUAUAAUAGGAAUUCAGAUUGCUGGUGAGGAUAUAUAUCUGAAUGUUCUUGUAAAUGAUGCGGGUGGCUUGUCCCGUUAUUUUCAUUUAUGCCAUGCGGAAAUCCCUCUCACACCACAAACACCAUGGAGAAUAGAACCUCUCGUACAUCUAUUAUUAACUCUAAGA